AAAAAUCUGUUGCCAAAAUUAAUCCUAACAAUUUUCAGGUACGAAUAUUUCAUCAUACCGAGAGAAGAAGGAAAGAUGGUUGUAGACAUGAUUUCAAAGAAGGAAAAGAAAACCAGUGGGAUUUAUAAGACUCACCAAACGAAGAUGUCACAGAUGUUUCUGCAGGACAACAACACUUCGUUUACGCAAGUAAUGAACGCCAAGUUUGACUCCAUUCAAGGGAUCUCCAACAAGCGUACAUCAACCAAGAAGCCAGUGCUCAACGACAGGCCUCACAGGAAGAACAAAAAACACGCUAAGGUGCUGGCAGGCUGUGGCAUCAACUACGACAACCCCUUGAGUCCGGUGGAAAUAGCAACACGCUGUGCUGAUUUUAUCAACAAGCAGAAACAGCUGGCUGCCCAGCAGGCUGUGACAGCUGCAUUCCAGCAGGGUCAGCAGAUAGCUGUGAGACAGACUCCUGUGUGGAUACAAUCCUCAGGCACCUCUACUGCCCUAGCAGCAGUAGCUGUCACUCAGGAACCCACCCUGGUCUCCCUCUUCAAUUCUCAACCUGACAAUAGCCAGAACCAGUGAAGCAGAUAGAGGAUAUCUGGACCAUUUGGCACUGAAAUCAUGUCUUCUUUGAAUAAGUUCUAUUGUACAGUAUUCUUUAAGCCCAUUCAAAAUUUUAUUUCAAUUAUGCUACGUUUUCAUCAGUUUAUUGUACUUAAUUUAGCAAUAUAAGAGAUAUGCAAAAUAUAUUACUUAAGUUCUUCUAUUAUUAAUUACGAUAACUCCUACAUUGGUACUUUACUAUGUUGCUACAUUACAUGCACAAUUUUGUAAAUAACUGCAAAUCGUGGAAAACUAUUCACAAACUAAAUAACCAUCAGUGUACAAGCUUUCAAAAAAAAAAAAAAACAAGCUAAAAACAACUACAGUUCAGCUGAUUCAGCUGAUUGCGGGUGAAUAUUGUUUAUUGACUUUAGCUUACGUGUCGGAGGAUUUUGCCAAUGGCCUUGCAAAAAUAUACUUUGCAGCAAAACGAUGGGUUAGUUGAGAGAACUAUGUAAAGUUGGGCUGUUUGGUAUAAUUUCUGUACGUUACUGUUUGUCAUGUAAGUCUUGCACAGUUUUGAUUGAAAAAUUGGACUGUUAAUUUUUGUUUUGUUUAUAAAUUAUACCUUAUUUUUUGUUAAUUACAUGAUAAAUUACUUUAUUUUUGUUUGUCAUAUAAUUACUUUCUUACAUGACCUGAAUACGUAGUAACGAUUUUAUAUAUUAAUAUUUCGUGCCUUUUAAUAUUUUAUCUCUUUUAGUACUUUUAAUACACCACAAAAUCAACUGUGUGUGUGUUGUUAUAGGUGUUAGUUUUAACAGCAUUAGCUAAAUCAACAUGCUGUUGCAUUAUAUGUAAUGUAAUUUGUAUAGUUAAAUGUGGGUACAAAAAAAGAAGAUGCUAAUCUUGAGAUUAUUUGAAUGAAAAAUGUCGAAUUGAUAAUGCUGAUAUUUGAUAAUCAUUAAUUUAUAUUCAUUAGACUGACUGUCUUGAGUUAAGACUGAAAAGUUUGGGUGGGUUUUGUAUUUAUCCCCUCUUAUUUAUAUAUAUGUGCAAUUCAAUUUAAUUGGAAAAAUUGGUUCAUUUCUCUUUGAUUGUGUAAGAUUUGAUUACAUCAAACCUGUGAGUCAUGAAAUAAGAGUGGAUCUCAUUCUCAACCCAAAUGAUUUAACUUCUAGGGUCAAAAUAUUUGUUUGUUCCCUAUUAUUGUUUCUACAAAUAUCAUCCAUUAUAAUGUUCAAAAAAGUUAUACCAAUUAAGAAAUUUAAUUGAAAUUUAUUUUUGAGCAAAAACGUAAUUGAACAACUGAAGGGAUUUUAUAGAUCUUUCCCUUAAAUAUAGCAUCUUUUUAUUCUAGCAAUUGAUAUGGUUGGCAAAAAUUAAGAUUGUUUAUUUCUUGUUUUUUUCUCGUAAAACUGAUACUGAGAUGAAGUGAUACUGAUACAAUCUUUAUUCUUUGUGGCUACUUCUGAAGUGAUUAUUUGCUGUCUUAUAAGGCAACAUAUUGAUUUAAUGGUUAUAUAGUUUUGUCCUUUUAAAAUUUUUGGAAUAAGGUUUCACUAGUUAAAUUUUGUAGUAUGAUUUGUUUUACCAAUGAAAUGUGUUAUGAACAUUUUUGUACACUUUUUAAUUUUGUUAAAAUACUUUGUUGUAACUUAUAUUGUUCAACAAGUCUUGUGACAAGCUAUACAAGUGUCUAUUGUUUCUGAAUUUACCAGAAUAAAUGUAUAAUUCUUGACAAUACGCCCUUUACGCUAUAAGUGUUUUUUCUUAGUUGCAUAACUCGUAUUUUUGUUUAACCAGAUACGUAUUUUUGUAUAUUGUAUACUUGUAAUAUAACUGUUUGCUUGCCAAAGAAGAAAAAAAGCAGUUUCUGUGCAAAAAAAAGGUUUGUGUACAUAUCGAAAUUGUUGACACUGUAUCUUUUUCAGUGUAUUAAAUUUUUUUACUAGUUUUUAAAA